AGCAUUUGGAAGAAUCCUCCUGAGCUCACUCUCCAUCCAUUUGAGCCCCUCCAUCCAUGUUUUCACAGUCACCUAUCUCUAGACCGAUAUCACUGGUGCAGAGGAGAAGCAUAGUUAUUUCUCCCCAUCUUCUGCCAGGGGAGAUAAAGACCUCUAAGGGGACAUAGACACAGGAGGAAGAACAACCGAACUUCUCUGAGACAUAAUCAGUGCAGAGCACGCACCAGGAACAGCGCUGGCACCGUAUGAUUUGCAUCUGACAAUGUCGCCAGGCCUCAAGGAAGUUCAAGUGUCGUGGGGAGCAGGUACUUCCCCUGAAGAGGCUAAUAGCCCAGCAACAGAGCAGAAGGAAAUCUCGUGCGAACUUCCCUUACCGACUACAUGGAGCUUCAGGAAAAUCAGCUUCCACAACCACCCCCAACGCUCCGGGGCAUUCCCAAGAAACUGUGCAAACAAGCCAAACCUCAUCAGAACCUUCCAUCCUAACCCUAAAAAAGCCCUAAUCCUUGGUUUUGUUAAAUGGGUAUAUAAACCUUUGCCUCUGGUUAUUCAGAAUCAGACUUUCUUCGCUAGAAACCUGUAUCCCCAUGAAACACUGCCAUGUCAUCCUGAAAGGCAAGGUGGCCAAAUUCUCCCUCCCAGUGAUGCCAAGUCAGUUUCCUCAGAACAUCAGGUGCAGUUGGACCAUUUGGCCUGGCCCCAAAGCCAUGUCGCUGUCUGUGUCCACAGAGAUGUAACAAUAUUUUCCUCACUUCCUGGAAAUGGCUCUGUUCUAGCAUUUCAACAUAAUCCAGGAGAUGUGAACAAGUGUGGAAUUGGCCCGGAGCUCUGCGCUGAUAUAGCAGAAUGUGUCAACGGACUUGGCUCUUCUCCUGCCACUGCCAAAAGGGUUAUGAAGACCGUGUCCCCACGCAGCCUGCAUGCUUUGUGUGUGUGCUCCUCACACAAGUGUUGGCUGCCCGAAUGCCCUCCUGUUUGGUAGAAUUACGAGGUGCUGGGAUCUCCCAAGAGACCUGUCUGUCCUCAGACAGAAAACUUCGGUUAUUGUGCGGACAGUCAAGUUCCAAAAGACGGUCAAAGUCUUGGUGGUGGAAACGAGUUGCCAACUGAUUUACCAUUUUCCUCAAGGAAUUCCAUCUAUGCCCUCUCUCUUCGCAUCCCCACCAAAUGGCUCUGCUAAAGAAAGACUCAAGCUUUUGCUGAUCUACUACUGAAGCAUCUUGAAAUUUGGACCUACAGUUUCAGAAGAAGUUGACAUGUUCUUCGGAAUACACAUCAUAUAGCCCCUGAGGUGGGAUGGUGAUGUCUUCAUGAGGGAACCUCCACUCACUCAUCCUGUCAUGUGUAUCACACUGUUCUUGACUGGGCCAUUCAUCUAAGAUGGGAUUUACUCAGUGAAACUGGGAGAAGACUUAUGGACCCCAAACAUCAAUUCAAGUUAUAGUUGAGUUUUUAAAAGUACAGACAUAUAUGCAAAGCUUUUUUGCUUUGGACCCUCUGCUUUGUUAAAGCUGCUGUGUUGCUAACCCACAACUACUCCAGUGUAUUGACUGAUCAUCAUGGCUUCAGUUUGGAAGAGACUGCAGCGAGUAGGAAAACAUGCAUCUAAGUUCCAGUUUGUGGCCUCCUACCAAGAGCUGAUGGUUGAGUGUACCAAGAAAUGGCAACCAGAUAAACUGGUGGUGGUUUGGACAAGAAGAAGCCGAAGGAAGUCUUCUAAGGCUCAUAGCUGGCAACCUGGAAUAAAAAAUCCAUAUCGUGGUGUUGUAGUGUGGCCUGUUCCUGAAAACAUUGAAAUCACUGUGACACUUUUUAAGGAUCCUCAUGCAGAGGAAUUUGAAGAUAAAGAGUGGACAUUUGUCAUCGAAAAUGAGUCCCCUUCUGGUCGAAGGAAAGCUCUUGCUACUAGCAGCAUCAACAUGAAACAGUAUGCAAGCCCUAUGCCAACUCAGACUGAUGUCAAGUUGAAAUUUAAGCCAUUGUCUAAAAAAGUUGUAUCUGCCACUCUCCAGUUUUCAUUAUCUUGCAUUUUCCUCCGGGAAGGAAAAGCUACGGAUGAAGACAUGCAAAGUUUGGCUAGUUUGAUGAGUAUGAAGCAGGCUGACAUUGGGAAUUUAGAUGACUUUGAAGAAGAUAAUGAAGAUGAUGAUGAGAACCGAGUAAACCAAGAAGAAAAGGCAGCAAAAAUUACAGAAAUUGUAAACCAAUUGAAUGCUCUGAGCAGCUUAGAUGAAGAUCAAGAUGACUGCAUAAAGCAAGCAAAUAUGCCUUCAGCUAAAUCAGCCAGUUCCUCUGAAGAGCUUAUCAACAAACUUAACUUUUUGGAUGAAGCAGAAAAGGACUUGGCCACUGUGAAUUUAAAUCCAUUUGGUGAUCCUGAUGUAGCAGAAUUAAAUCCAUUUGGCGAUCCCGACUUGGAAGAACCAACCACUGAAACAGUAUCACCUAAAAAACCAGAAGAACCUUUUUAUAAUAACAGCUAUAAUCCCUUCAGAGAUGAACAGACUCCACAGUAUUUAAACCCAUUCGAUGAAACAGAAACCUUUGUAACUAUAAAGGAUUCUCCUCCCCAGUCUACAAAAAGAAAAAAUGUAAGACCUGUGGACAUGAGCAAGUACCUCUAUGCUGAUAGUUCUAAAACUGAAGAAGAAGAGUUGGAUGAAUCAAAUCCUUUUUAUGAGCCCAAACCAACCCUUCCUCCAAAUAAUUUGAUAAAUCCAAUUCAAGAACUGGAAGCUGAAAAGAGAAUGAAAAGAAAAGCCCCAGCCCCGCCAGUCAUCGCACCGAAGAGAGGCGUGAAUGAAAACACGGUUGUUCCUGCAGGAAGAGAUCUCUCCACUUCUCCUAAGCCAAGUCCUAUACCAAGUCCUGUUUUGGGGCGAAAGCCAAAUGCUAGUCAGUCUUUGCUUGUAUGGUGCAAAGAAGUUACAAAAAACUAUCGGGGAGUGAAAAUCACCAAUUUUACUACAUCGUGGAGAAAUGGUUUAUCCUUUUGUGCAAUAUUACACCACUUUAGACCAGAUUUGAUUGACUACAAGUCUCUGAAUCCUCAAGAUAUUAAAGAGAACAACAAAAAGGCAUAUGAUGGAUUUGCCAGCAUAGGAAUUUCCCGGUUAUUGGAACCUUCUGAUAUGGUUUUAUUAGCAAUUCCUGACAAACUGACUGUUAUGACUUACCUCUAUCAAAUAAGGGCACAUUUCAGUGGCCAAGAACUAAAUGUUGUUCAGAUAGAGGAAAACAGCAGUAAAAGCACAUAUAAAGUUGGAAACUAUGAAACAGAUACAAACAGUUCUGUUGAUCAAGAAAAAUUCUAUGCAGAGCUCAGUGAUCUGAAACAGGAGCCUGAACUACAGCAGCCUACCAGCGCAGCCGGAGACUUCUUAUCACAGGACGACUCUGUAUUUGUAAAUGACAGUGGGGUUGGAGAAUCAGAAAGUGAACAUCAGACUCCUGAUGAUCAUCUUAGUCCAAGCAUAGCCUCUCCUUACUGUCGUAGGACUAAAAGUGACACAGAGCCCCAAAAGUCCCAGCAAAGCUCUGGAAGGACUUCAGGAUCCGAUGACCCAGGAAUGUAUUACAAUACAGAUUCAACUCAUGCGCAAGUUUUGUUAGGCAAGAAGAAACUAUCAAAAGCUGAGACUUUAGAAUUGAGUGAUUUAUAUGUUAGUGAUAAAAAAAAGGAUGUGUCUCCACCGUUUAUUUGUGAGAUGCCAGGCGAGCAAAAGCUUCAGAUUCUAGAUGUCAGUAGUAAGUUGGAGCAAGAAAAAUUAGAGAAUUCUAGACCCUUAGAAUGCAGAUCAGAUCCUGAAUCACCUAACAAAAAACCAAGUUUAUCUCCCACGUCUAAACUUGGAUACUCAUACAAUAGAGAUGUGGAUCUUGCGAAGAAAAAACGUACUUCCCUGAGACAGACAGAGUCUGAUCCAGAUGCUGACAGAACCACUUUAAAUCAUUCAGAUCAUUCUGCAAAAACAGUCCAGCAACGAAUGUUAUCUCGACAAGAAGAACUUAAAGAAAGAGCAAGAGUUCUGCUUGAGCAAGCGAGAAGAGAUGCAGCUUUGAAGGCAGGGAAUAAGCAGAGUACCAGCGCAGCCACAGCACUGUGCAACAGGCAGCUAAGUGAUCAGCAAGAUGAAGAGCGACGUCGGCAGCUGAGAGAGAGAGCUCGUCAGCUAAUAGCAGAAGCUCGAUCUGGAGUGAAGAUGUCAGAACUUCCCAGCUAUGGUGAAAUGGCUACAGAAAAGUUGAAAGAAAGGUCAAAGGCAUCUGGAGAUGAAAAUGAUAAUAUUGAGAUAGAUACUAACGAGGAGAUUCCUGAAGGCUUUGUUAUAGGAGAUGGAGAUGAACUUACUAACUUAGAAAAUGACCUUGAUACUCCCGAACAAAACACUAAGUUGGUGGACUUGAAGCUGAAGAAGCUCCUAGAAGUUCAGCCACAGGUGGCAAAUUCACUCUCCAGUGCUUCUCAGAAAGCUAUAACUGAGAACUCAGAGCAAGACAUUAAGAAUGGCACAGAAGAUCUCCGGACUGAGCGAUUACAAAAAGCAACAGAACGAUUUAGAAAUCCUGUUGUGUUCAGUAAGGAUUCUACAGUCAGAAAAACUCAACUUCAGUCUUUCAGUCAAUAUGUUGAGAAUAGACCAGAGAUAAAAAGGCAGAGAUCAAUACAGGAAGAUACAAAGAAAGGAAAUGAGGAGAAGGCAGCGAUAACUGAAACUCAGAGGAAGCCAUCAGAAGAUGAAGUGCUUAAUAAAGGGUUCAAAGACACCAGUCAGUAUGUUGUAGGAGAAUUGGCAGCACUAGAGAAUGAGCAAAAGCAAAUUGACACCCGUGCCGCGCUGGUGGAGAAGCGCCUCCGCUAUCUCAUGGACACAGGAAGAAACACAGAAGAAGAAGAAGCUAUGAUGCAGGAAUGGUUUAUGUUAGUUAAUAAGAAAAAUGCCUUAAUAAGGAGAAUGAACCAGCUCUCUCUCCUGGAAAAAGAACAUGAUUUAGAACGAAGGUAUGAGCUGCUGAAUCGGGAAUUGCGGGCGAUGUUAGCCAUUGAAGACUGGCAGAAGACUGAGGCCCAGAAGCGGCGCGAGCAACUCCUGCUGGAUGAGCUGGUGGCCCUGGUGAACAAGCGAGACGCGCUUGUCAGGGACCUGGAUGCACAAGAGAAGCAGGCCGAAGAAGAAGAUGAGCAUUUGGAGCGAACUCUGGAGCAAAACAAAGGAAAGAUGGCCAAGAAAGAAGAGAAAUGUGUUCUUCAAUAGCAGCCAGACCAGACCAUAUCCCAAAAUUUUAGUCUUGGGUCCCUAAGACCAGAAAAAGCAGACUCGUUGUUGAUUUAAAACUUUUAACAUUUCAUUGGGCUGGAUUGUACUUCCUCCACCACCACCACCCCUUUUCCUCCCUCCUUUCCAGAUAAUAUACAGAACUCCAAAUUAGCUUUGUUUAAGGAUAUUUUGUGUGAGUUAAUCAUUUCCUUGAAAUCAUGUGAAAUAGAUUUGCACAGAUACCUUGUGAGUGACUGGUAUUGGGAGUGUUCAAGAAACUGUUCAAAGAAGAAAGAAAAGAACACCCUUCCCUCAUUUUUUGAUGGGAGAAAAUUUUAAAGUUGUUGUUGUUGUUGUUGUUGUUGUUGUUGUUAAUAGCAUAAUGAUGGUGGGAGGGGGGUAAGAGGGGGAUAAGAAAAUUAUCAUGAAUGAUUUUUUUCCAGUCCUGCCAUAUGUAACCCUGACUCUGUUACCUACAUUUUAUAGUUAGAUCAUAUUCAAUCUACUUAUUAAACUGUUCUAUUUACCAGUGGGAUUUUCUGCAGUUAUUUUUGCAUUUUACUAUAAGGAUAAUAGAGUUCCUUUCCUCUGCUCUCCUCAGAGGAUGGCCCUUUAACAUAGCCUGAGACAAGUCUUGUGAUUUGAAGGUGAGCUAUGAGGAUGGGACUAACUGACAUGCAUCAGUUUACAAAGAGCUCUUAUCUUCUGAGAAUGUGCCAUCUUUUUCUCUGGGUAAUUAUUUAUUACAUCUAGCUUGGUUCCUACCUUUUGUUGGGUCUCAACAUUGGCUCAAGAAUGCUGUUAAUAUUUAUUCUGUAUUGAUAAAAAGUCUGUCUUGCCACUAUGAGUAAAUCCCCCAAUUAAUAUUUUCUUCUCUAGCAUAGCACUGUCAUUUUUUGUGUGAAAAUGGUUAUCUGUUUAUUUAUUACAAUACUGAGGUCAUAUAUAAAUUUUCAAUAAAAGCAGAAACUUUCUUACCUUAAA